CGCGUCCGCAGAGCAUUUCCCCCUAGGAGUUUGCCUACAAGAAGGCAUUGAGGGACUCUAGUUUAGACGCCAAUCUGAUCUACAAAUCGCCCCAAGAUGCUCGAACUCACUGGCAAGAUAGCCCUAGUCAUCGGCCUCGGCCAGUCUGGAUCGGAAGGCUGGGGCAUCGGCGCGGCCUGCGCCGUCACGCUGGCCAAGCAGGGCGCCGUCAUCUUUGGCGGGAACCGCACAGUCGCCUCGGCCACCAAGACAAAAGAAACAAUCGAGGCAGGCGGGGGCAAAUGCAAGGUCGUCGCCAUGGACGCCACGUCGUCCGCAUCUGUCAAGGUAGCGGUGGAUGCGUGCGUGGACGCGCACGGGCGCAUCGACAUUCUGGUGGCCAACGUGGGCUUCUCGCAGCCAGGCUGUGCCGCGACGAUGCAGGAGGACGUGUGGGAUGCGCAGAUGGACGUCAACCUGAAGAGCGUGUACCUGGCGUGCCACCACGUGCUGCCGGUCAUGGAGAGGCAAGGGGCCGGGUCGAUUGUGUGCGUGUCCAGCAUCGCGGGGCUGCGGUAUAUUGGCAAGCCACAGAUUGCCUACAACACGGCCAAGGCAGCCAUUCUGCAGUUUGUCAAGGCGACGGCUGUCGUCUACGCGGCCAGGGGUGUCCGGCUCAACGCUGUGGUGCCAGGCUUGAUGGAGACGCCGUACACAAAGGUCUUGUCGGAUAGGUUCCCUGUGGAGGGAGGGUACGAGGCGUUCAAGGCGAUGCGGGAUCAGCAGGUGCCCAUGGGCAGGAUGGGGGAUGCUUGGGACGUGGCGAAUGCGGUGGUCUUCCUGGCGUCGGAUGAGGCACAGUACGUCACGGGGCAGAAGAUUGUUGUGGACGGGGGGAUCACGUCGUCUACGGGGCGUGUGUGAGCAGGUCUGAAUCAUCUAUCUGGGCUAUUGGUCUCUGGAUCUCUCAAUCUCUUUGUUUUGGGCUUGCCAUCUUCUCUGCAACCAGUCCAGCGACAUCUUGGUCGACUGCAAAAUCGAAUCUCGUCACAUCCUCCUUGAAAGGCCACAGCCACGUGCUAGUCACCCUGCGGGAGGUCAGUUUCACUCGUCUAUCGUUCAGUCACUUGAACUACCUCUCGUGCUCCUUGCUGGCCUGGUACGUUGUCAGCGCCGCCAGAUCCUGAUGCACGCUGACAAGGGCCAUCUGGAAGCCCUUG